AUGUCACUGGGAAAUUCAGUGCUGCUGCAGCAGCAGCCUCCAAAACAGCAAAGACCUAAAAUGGAGAAGAGGAGCCAAAAUCCCCCGAAGUCAUGUGAGGGGUUAGGUAACCUGGGCUGGAAUUCAAACCACUAAUCACUUCAGAAAAGUGGAAGAGUAUGCUCCCGUUUGCACUGCAGCCUAGCAGACCAAUCCUAUCUAGACCUUUACCGCAGCUAAAGCAGAGUGAGAUCAACACUGCCCUGCCUGCUGCGGAGACCUAUAUUUAACCCAGUUGCUGUAUCUCCUUGUGCUGUGCUGUGCUGACACAAAGGGGAAACGGGGCCCCUUUUUCUACUACCCACAAAGCUCCUUUAUAGGCCAGCCAAAUGCCUUGCGGACAAUAAACUUGCUGAAGCCUUGGCCCCAGGUUUCUUCUGGGGCUUCCUUCUAGCAGGAGAGGAAGGGAGUGAGAGGCGCAUGGUGCUAUGUUCCACAGCAUUAGAAGGUUUUUCAUUUUACUUCCAUUAUUCUUAGAUACCUUGGGACCUUUCGACACAAAUGCUCACCAGAAGAGGAAUGUGAAGCUGGAAACAGAUGCAGCACUUUCAAAACGCUUUUCAACAGCAAAGCAUUUACUUAUGUUUAUGACAAACCUAGACAGCAUCUUAAAAAGCAGAGACAUUACUGUGCUGACAAAGGUCCGUAUAGUUAAAGCUAUGGUUUUCCAAGUAGUGAUGCAUGGAAGUGAGAGCUGGACCAUAAAGAAGGUUGAUCACCGAAGAAUUGAUGCUUUUGAAUUAUGGUCCUGGAGGAGACUCUUGAGAGUCCCAUGGACUGCAAGAAGAUCAAACGUAUCCAUUCUUAAGGAAAUCAGCCCUGAGUGCUCACUGGAAGGACAGAUCCUGAAGCUGAGGCUCCAAUACUUUGGCCACCUCAUGAGAAGAGAAGACUCCCUGGACAAGACCCUGAUAUUGGGAAAGAUGGAGGGCCCAAGGAGAAGGGGACGACAGAGGACGAGAUGGUUGGAUAGUGUUCUCGAAGCUACCAGCAUGAGUUUGACCAAACUGCGGGAGGCAGUGGAAGACAGGAGUGCCUGGCGUGCUCUGGUCCAUGGGGUCACGAAGAGUCGGACACGACUAAACAACAACAGCUUGGGGAACAAUGGGUAGGAACAGGGAACCCUAUUGUAGAUGGCAUACUCCACCCCACUUGCAAAAAGAAGACAUACCACGUGCAAAUUUAUGGCCUCUUUUACAAGUGAGGUGGAGGGGUCACUCACAAAUAAUAAUAUGUGUGACAGAGUAUCAACAAACAGAGGUUUUCCCCUUAAUUGAGUUUCCAUACCGAAACAGGAUUAACCUGCUGAAUUUCCGCGUGCCACACAGCUGUGGAAGGUGCAAGAAUCCUGCUUGCCACCCAAUGCCAAUGUAAACCAUGCAAACAACUUGAUCAGUUGGAAACAAGUUGUGUUCCUGUAGGCCUUUUGUUACUGAUCUUAAGUGGACAAUUCAGCAUCUCUUUUGCAUGGAGAAGGCCCCAGGUUCGAUCCCUGCCAUCCCCAAGGCAGGGAACGUUCCCUGGAGAGGAGCUGCCAAUCACUUUAGACAAUACUGAGUUGGGCAGUCCAAUCGUCUAAUUUUGUGUAGGGCGGCUUGCUUUUCCCAACUCCAAAAGAAAGUUCCUCUGAUAGAAAAAUAUUACGGAGUUGCACAUCACAAUUUAAAAAUAGUAUAAAAUUCCACUGUCAUAUUCUAAAGUGAGGCCUCUUGAAUGUUUUUGGCUUUUAUUUCGUUUCACCUUAAUAUGGGCUUUUAUUUUUGUAUUACGUUGUAAGUCGCUUUGAGCUUACUUUUCAUUUUAAAAUGACUAAUAAGUAUAAUUUUUAACAAUUAAAAUAUGCACAUUAUUCUAGUAAUAAAAGCAGUUAAUGCUUUUAUUUGGCGUAAUUAAACAGUCACAAAGAACUGUGCAAGCUGUCAAGUGCAUCAAAGCUCUUAACCAGUCUGGAAGAAAAAACAGAGGAUGAUAAGCACGAUGGAAAUCUCAAGCCAGAUGUUUGCAAGCUUAUUUCCAGGUAAUGUUCAUAUGAUUGCAUCUUUUUACAGCAAUCAUAAGCAUGUAUUAUUAUUAUUAUUGCCAUCAUCAUCAUUUAUUAAAUUUGCAUACCAUCCUUCAUCAGCAGGUAUCAGGGCAGUUCACAAGGUAAGAAUAUAAAAACACGAAAUACAUGAUAAAAACAAGAACAAAAACAAAAACUAACCAAUAACACCCCCCUCUUUUUUCAGUUAUAUUUCUAUCCUUAUCUUUUUUUUUUUAAAAAAAAGCUGGUAUAGCUAGGUCAAGUUCAUCUGUUCUGUUGAAUCAAUUGGAUUUUCUGUUUCAAUUGGAUUUUGAAUAAAUGUGCAAUUGAUAGUUCCUGUUUUGCAUUUCAUUGUAUUAUCUUCUUCUUUAGAGAGUCGUGCAACCCGCUAUUCUGAAUAAUGGUGGGGUUUUUUAAUAGGGAAGGGUUGCGGGGUGUUUAUGUACCGGGGGGGGGGUGGCUUGAAAAGUUUGGGAAUCAGAGAGUUAGUAGAGGACAGUGUCUGCAUUGACGAGCCUCUCAAAGAGUCUGCGCAGGAGAAGGAGGAGGAGGAGGAGGGAAGGUUUCUAUAGCAGCGACAGAAGCCAAGCAAGCAAACAGCGCUGAACUUGGACCAAGAGUUGGGCUUCACAGCGUUUAGUAGCUUCGCCCUCGUAGGAGUCAUCGAUGUGAGCAGGUAAGUGUAUCUGGCAGGGCUGAUCUGCAUCUGAAUACUCUGCAUAUAGAGAGGAUUGGCUCUAAGGGAGCGACCUGCCCGAGGGGCAAGGAGUUUGGAUGGGUUUUCCAGAGACUGGCCAGCAGAAAGCGAAGCUGAAAGGUCCACACGCCUCUUUAACUCCUUGAGGGUCGUUUACCCAUCCCCCUCAAGUCGGACAUAAGAGAAAUCUUCUAAAUCAUUUCUUUAGCUUGCUGCCUCAGUUUCCCAGCUGUAAAAGUGACAUCACCAACCCACCUAGCCAGUAGCAUUGUUGGCAAAGCUGAAAUGGUUUUUAAGGAGCAUCUUGUGGAUAAAUGAUGAAUAGUGUAAUUCAUAGAAUCAUAGAAUUCAAUGCCUGUCUACUCAGCCACGAGUCCCAGUGGGUUCAGUUGGACCAGGGAAAGUGGGCACAGUGGCUCUUGCCUAACACAUUAAACUUUUAUGCAGCUGGUCUUUUUAGCGGACCAUAUUUUUAAUACAUUUUUAAUUAAAACAAAACAGUCAUUUCAGCUCCUCACCCCAACAGUAAUUAUAAUCACAUCAACAAUGCUUCCUAAUUGCAAGGUAAGAGCAAAUUCAAAAGGAAUGGUCAUGCAGUCAUAAUAAUACCUUCAUUUCCCCCCCAAUAUAGAUUAUAGGAUUUGCUUCUAACCAGUUCCCCAAUCAUGCUGAGUGGAGAAUUUGCACAGCAGGUAGAAGCAAAGGUGUCCCAAAACACACACACACACACACACACACACACACACACACACACAUUACCCAUUACAUUAUACAGGACUUGGACUAGCUUUAAAUAAUCAAGACUAUUAUGGUGAACAUGAUAUCGCUUAAUGUCUACAACUGAUCUCAAUAUUUACACAAUAUUGAUCUAAUAACUUGCUUCAGUGUGAGUGAUAUAUACACAUGGAGAGGAGGGAGGUGAGAAUAGGGGUUCCUUUGAGUUAGACAUUUUAUCUGUAUUUACCAUUGAAAAUGCUUAAAUAUACUUGUAACAUUUCAGUCUCUGACAAAGAAGCUGAUUUCUACCUGAUUCCAUGUGAGUAUAAAAUAAAGCAGUUACCUUGAGACCUAUGAGGGAAGCCUCAGGCUAGCACUGGAACCCUGCAUUUUGGAGCAUCAUUAAUACAUUAAAGAUUGUUAUCCACCCUACCUGGAAUAUAAAGAUAAGACAACGCUUCAACAAGAUAACAUGAACAUUCUACCCAAAUCUAUUUUUGAUCUGGCUCAUUUAGAGUUCAGCAAAAUGCCCACUGUAGCACUCUGAAAGCAAUUACUGGCUAUUACUACGAUAUCAGCUUUGCUACAACAAGCACAUGUUGUUGCCACUGAAUGGGAAAUCUGCUGAAUUUCAGGGUCCCAAUCUACACUGGAAGAUGGGGAUGGUCUCAUUAUACAACAUGCAACAUCAUUAUUUUUUUCUUGCAUGACCUGCAGUCAUCUCUUUCAACUUGCUUAACAAACACACAAAUACACAUCACUCCUCUUUCCAUUAGUUUGAUUAAUUUUUGUAUAUUGGCCUUUGGUAUCCUCUCCUUAUUGUUAACCACUUUGGUUUCUUUUUGAAGAUAAAGUGGGAUGUUAACUUACUAAAAUAGAUAAAAUUGGCUUCAAUUUUUUUUAUUUAAAAAAAACCCACCUUGAAUUUUGUUACCUUUCUUCCUAGAAGUUUAUUUUUCAACAAUAAUGCAAGAGUGGUAUACAAAUUUUAACAGCAACAACAACAACAACACCUUUGACAUUUGGCUUGCCAUUUUUUAAUGUGACACUGGGGGCUGGGGGACGAAAGGCAAUAUAAAUUGAUUUGGAAGCUUUUACAAAACUCCUAAGAUUGCAGAAGGUGUAAAAAUUAAUAAAAAGCGGGUUGCAUCUAAAGGAAGCCUCCUGUCAGCACAAGGACUUCUGCUUGUACACUGGGACUCCCUCUGCAUUCCCCCAAUUUCAAGCCUUUAUAAAAUGAAUUUUCACUGGCAGGAAUCAACUCCAAAGAGGAGGAGGAGGAGGAGGAGGAGGAGUAGUUUGGAUUUGAUAUCCCGCUUUAUCACUACCCUAAGGAGUCUCAAAGUGGCUAACAACCUCCUUUCCCUUCCUCCCCCACAACAAACACUCUGAGGUGAGUGAGGCUGAGAGACUUCAGAGAAGUGUGACUAGCCCAAGGUCACCCAGCAGCUGCAUGUGGAGGAGCGGGGACGCGAACCCGGGUCACCAGAUUACGAGUCUAUCGCUCUUAACCACUACACCAUGCUGGCUCUCAGCAUGGACACUAUAGAAUAACGCAGAAGGGGAUUCUGAAUCUUCAUUUAAAUAAAUGUCAUGAAGCAUGUACUUUAAUAGUGAAUUAUUGCAACGUAAAGAAACUUGGCAUUUAAAAUCUAACUAAGAGUAUCAAGAACUCCAAAAUUCCUGCUUCACAUAAAUCUUUGGAACAGGCUGACGUUGUCUCCUGUCCCUGGUUGGAAAAAAAGUGGACAACAGCAGGCCAGGGAUCAUAAUAGGCUGGACCGAUCCUAUUCAGAGCUAUGUUUACUAUGCUUUAACUAGCUGUGCUGUAACUGUCUGUGCUGUCAUAUUUGUCUGUAUGUAAUCCAGUAUAAGAUUAUGCAGGCACACAAUUACUUCACUGAAGAAUGAUUCCGAUUUGCCUUACCAGGUCUUCAAAGCCAAUGCCCAGCCUCCCCUCCUCCCACCCAAGUCCGUACCCAAGAGCUUGAAUGCUUGAAUCUCCUUAAAGUAACAGGCCCAUUUAUGCCAGCGGGCUACACAGGCACAGGAUUUGCUUAAAACUGGGGGACAAAUCCUACAUCACAGAGUCUAGAGGAGAACGCAAACAGAAUUGAAAUCUGCAUUUUGUUUUGUCCAGAUGUAAGCCAGGGCCAAGCAGAACUGAAAAGGCAUAACUGGAAAGAGGGGGAAUUCAGGAGGACUAGGGAGGAACUCCCCCCCCCUUUGUAUGUUAAAAAUGUGCUGUCCUGUGUGCCCCCUAAAUCUGUUCUGGGGGUUCCCUUAAACCUCUGGACCAGAUUUGAGGAGCAUGGGAAGGGAGGAGUCUCAUUACUCAAAUGGAAAUUCUUGCACUGAUGGGAUGAUACCACCCAUUGUUUUUUCCUUACCUGUGCUGUUUCAAAGUAUGCUUUGUUUCACCUUUACACCACCACCACCACCACCAGCACAAUGGACUCUCUGGGCGCGAUUGAAGCAGAGUACAUAAAGAAUUUGCAAAAACAAGUCUGCUUACUGGAAUGUGAGACGUCAUAUCUAUAUCCUUUGAAGUAA